GAGAUCAGCUUCUCCAAGGGGCGCCACCACUCCGCCUCCCGCCUCUUCGCCGGGCGGCGCACCCUGCAGUGGAUCCAGAACCAGACGGAGUGGCUCUCCGACGAGGCCGAGUGGGGGCAGCUCAGGGCCAAGUACGGCUCGGAGCCGGGCCAGCUGACCGGCAUCGUGACUCACGCUGGCAAGCGCGGCGGCGACUACAUGGACCACGCCAUCAUGCUGGGCCGCUCGCUGGUGGAGAAGCUGCCGGAGUUUCCGCGGGUGGCGAUCACGGUGGAGGGCAUAUCGGAGCACGACCAGGAUCGGGGGACGCGCUCCGGCGCGCGGGCUGGCACCUCGUCCAGGUGGCGGACUGGGGCGGCAGCCACUGCGGGGAGAAGUGCGCGGCCAACUUCCUGGGCCGCUGGGCGGACAGCUUCGAGAAGCUGCACGCCUUCCGGGUCCCCUUCAAGAGGGUGCUCUUCAUGGACGCCGACACGUACGUGUUCAAGAGCGAGCUGCGCGACGUCAUC